AUGCGAUCUGUACCGUUGCCAGUCUUUCUCUGGGCGGUACUGUCACACGUCGCACUAGCAACCGUCCACGAUUCGAUCUCCAGUCUCGACACAACCGAAUGGGACGUCAUCAUUGUCGGUGGUGGCACUGCGGGCUCUGUCCUAGCUAGUCGCUUAUCAUCAAACGCGAGUGUAUCUGUGCUUCUCGUUGAAGCUGGUGGAGACAACGAUGGCCCUUCUGCCUCUGAGAUACAAGUGCCCUUCUUCGCGUCGCAAGCCGAUACGUCGGGCUCGCCAUACACCUGGAACUACACGACCGUUCCCCAAAGCCCAUUGGGCAACCGCUCGCUACCUUAUCCCAGGGGUUAUGUGCUCGGAGGAUCUAGUUCUAUAAAUGGGAUGGCGUAUACGAGGGGUGCAUCUGAUGAUUUUGACCGACUGGCUAACGUAUCGGGUGAUCCAGGAUGGUCUUGGGACAGUCUCGUGUCAUACUUUCUGAAGAGUGAACAAAACGUUGCCCCUGCAGAUGGACACAAUACCACAGGACAGUACGAUCCCGCCUGGUAUGGCGACGGGCCUGUGCUGACCAGUUUGCCUGGUUGGUCGUCGGCCAUUGACGAAAGGGUGAUAGCGACGACACAGGAACUGGCUGACGAGUUCCCGUUCAAUGAGGAGAUGAACGACGGAAGCCCGCUCGGCAUCAGCCGGUUGCAUUCGACCAUUGGACACAGCGUGCGGAGUAGCUCUGCUACGGCGUUCUUGUCGCCGGAUGUGCGUGCAAGAGCAAACCUUGAUAUUCUGAUCAAUACGCGCGCCACGAGAGUGAUCCCGACGGGGAACUCGGACGGACAGCCUGAGCUCAGGGCUGUGGAGGUCGCGGCAAAUAGUACAGCAGCUCGUGUUGUGCUCAAUGCACGUCGAGAGGUUGUCUUGUCGGCAGGCACGAUCGGCACACCACACAUCUUGAUGCUCUCGGGGAUAGGAAAUACGUCCGAGCUCAGCUUAUUUGGUAUCAACACAGUCGUCGAUUCACCCGAAGUUGGCAAAGCGCUACACGACCAACCAUUCUUCUUCCUGCAGUGGUCAGUCAACAGCACCGACACCGUAGAUAGCAUCCUCAACAACGCAACCCUCUACUCGGAGAGUGUCGCUCAAUAUGAGAGUAACGGAACGGGCCUUCUCGUAGAGUCGCCCUUCGCAGCAAAUCAGUUCGGCUUCCUUCGACUCCCGAACGACUCGAGCGUGCUCGCCACGCAUGGCGACCCAGCGGCUGGACCGGGCGCACCACACUUCGAAAUCAGCUUCACGAACGGUUAUUCCAGUAAUGUUCAGGCUCCACCGACGACUGGUAACUUUGUCAGCGGUGCAGUUGUAUUGGUCUCGCCAACAUCGCGAGGUUCGGUAGUCCUGAACUCUUCGUCGCCAUUUGACCCGCCGCUCAUUAAUCCUGGGCUUCUCAUCACGGACGUAGACAUGGGGAUCAUCGUCGCGGCAUCCCGAGCGCUCAACACAUUCUUCUCUGCGGACGCGUGGAUAGGUUAUAUCAUUGCGCCGGCGGAAGGGAGUCCGGAUUAUAAUGAUACGCGGAGCAUCGAGGCAUUCGUGAGGGAGAACAUUGUCAGCAUCAGCCACCCGGUAUCGACCGCUCGGAUAGUGGAUAUGGAAACGGGUCUGGGCGUGGUCAAUGCUGAUUUGACGGUACGCGGUGUACAAGGACUGCGCGUUGUUGACGCGAGCGUGUUGCCGUAUGUACCUUCUGCGCAUCCACAAGCAGCGGUGUAUGCGCUGGCGGAACGGGCGGUGGAUAUUAUUGUAGGCUCGUGGUACUAG